AUGACCGAGCCCGCCUCCAACGGCAUGGCCUCCUGGACCAGCACAAUCUACAACCUCAACCGCGGCAGCAUCGAGGAUGAGCUUGAGCGCCUCGCCUACAACCACUUCAACAUUUGGACCCCCCUCACCGGCGGCCUGCUUCCUGCCCACAUCCUCUCGUCCCUGCAGUCCCAGGACCGCCCAAGGAUCGCAGACAUCGCGACAGGGAGCGGUGUCUGGCUGACCACCCUCGCUGACGAUGUUCCGCCACGCUCCGAGCUCAUCGGAUUUGACCUCGACAGGCUGAAGCUCCCGCCACGCCCACCGACGCCGCCAAUCCCUCCGCCGCCCGUGUCCCCUCCCCUACGGCCGGAGCAGCCGACACUGGAUUUCCGGGAGCAGGACGUGCUGGAGCCGUUCCCCGCGGAGCUGCGGGGUACGUUCGAUCUCGUGCACGUGCGACUGCUGGCACUGGGGCUGAAGGCUGGGGACUGGGAUGGCGUGCUGAGAAGGUUGUACGAUCUGCUGAAGCCUGGAGGGUGGCUGUUGUGGGAGGACACAGGUGACCUGUUCAUGGGGGCGUUCCCACCUAGUCGAGUGUACGAUGAGUUCUGGUGGGCUCGCAUGAAGCACGAUGCGAGGUUAGGGAGAGACAAUUUAAUGCCCGCGGCCCUGCUGAAGAAGCUUCGGAAGCUCAGCUUCCAGAAUUGUGAGCAAAAGGUCUGGAGCACAUGGGCGGCGGACGAUUCGAUCCAGGAAAAGGUCUCGGUGGCAAUGCUCCAGCUACUCAAGCCAGGGUUGACAGCCGUGGUUGAAGACGGUGGUGAAGAGACGGUCCGUACGAUGGAAGAUAUCAGCCGCAUCGAAAGGGGCUUGGUGCGGGAUAUGGAACAAAAUGGCGUCCGUCUUGGGCUUGAUUACUUUUGGAAUUGGGGCCAGCGGUCUUUGUGA